UUGAAGAAGUACAGUUCCUACGCCAUGUUUUGUUACAAGAACACGAAAGAAAAGUGUUAACGAUAUUUUGAAGAAAUAUCGUAUUGGUCCAGGAAAGGGAAAUACGAAGAAUAUGGAAUGAGUGAAUGGACUCUGUAGAUCACUGGGUGUAUUUUGCUAAUACAUUUAGUCGUAACUUUAAAUAAUAUAUCGAAUCAAAAUGUCGGACGACGCAGCGAGGGAAGAUGCCCGUCGAGAAUACCAAUCAUCCCUGGAAGAUCUGACUUUCAACAGUAAACCACACAUCAACAUGCUGACCAUACUUGCAGAGGAGAAUCUUCACUUCGCCAAGGAUAUCGUCGCAAUAAUUGAAGCACAAAUCGUCAAGGCGCCAGCAGCAGAGAAGCUCCCCGUUUUGUACUUAGUGGAUUCCAUAGUGAAGAACAUUGGCGGCGAAUACCUUGCAGUGUUUGCUAAAAACCUAGUCACUUCAUUUAUUUGUGUAUUUGAAAAGGUGGAGGAGAACACUAGAAAAAGCCUCUUCAAGUUGCGCUCAACAUGGGAUGACAUUUUCCCAGCAACAAAACUGUACACAUUAGAUGUGAAGGUCAAUUCAAUAGACCCUGCAUGGCCCAUUAAGCCUCUACAGAACCCAAGCAUUCAUGUAAACCCAAAGUUUCUUAAGCAGAGUGAGGAAGCUGCUCCUACCCCGACUCCGACUCCUACUCCUACUCCUCCUCCUCCUCCUCCAAAGGCCGUUACACCACAGCCCCUGCCGUCAGCCACCGAGAAAAAGAUCAAUGAGGAGCAAGCCAUUAGGCAGCAGCUGCUGGCCAAGCAGAAGGAGUUGCUUGAGCUUCAGCAGAGGAAGAUCGAGCUUGAGCUUGAGCAGGCCAAAGUGCAGCUGCAGUCCAAGGGCUCUUUGAGUGGAGAAGGACAAGCCAGGCAGCAGCUGCUGGCAAAGCAGAAGGAGUUGAUUGAGCUGCAGCAGAAGAGGAUAGAACUUGAGCUUGAGCAGAUAAAAGUGCAACUGGCUUUUAAUCGUAUUGGACCAACCACCACCCAGGCCGGUUCUGCCCUCCACCCCACGCCCACUACCACCCAGCCCGGGGCCGCCCCCCCCUCCAACUCCUGGCCCGCGCCGCCGUCUGAGAAGGCCACGAUACGGGAUCCACGCCUGAACAGAGGCGGGGCACCAACUCUACACGGCAAAGAGUCGGUGAGCGCGCACGCCAAGGAGCCGGUGAGCAGGAGAGAGGGCCAGGGGCUGGGCGGCGUGCCGAGCGUGCCCGAGAAGAGAGGGCCUCCGCCGGGGGAGAGGCACGGCAAGCUGAUGCGGAUCCCUCGCAAGGAGCCGGCGACGGACGACAAGACGCGGCCCAGCAAGAAGGACUUGGCUGCUGCCGAGGAGAGAGCCAAGGCCAAGGCCGCCUCCCCGGCCAGGAAAGAGGUCCUCGCCCGGAGCAAACUCGACCCCGAGAACCUCAAGGCCUCCGAGGGCAUCAGGAGGGACCCCCGGCUGCGGCGGCACGAGAAGGCGGAGAAGGCGGAGGCCGAGGAGGACGUGCCCAAGGAGAGGAAGCGCGGCCUGGACAAGAAGGACAAGGACGAGGCCGGCAAGAUGGCGGAGCACCAGAGGCUGGCCAACACCAGGAGCAAACUCUCCAACGGCUCGCUGGCCAAGCAGGAGAAGCCGGAGUUCCGGAUCGGCAAGCUGAGCGGCAAGAGGUCGCGCUCAAGGUCGCGCUCCCGCUCCCCGUCCGCGCCCAAGAGGAAGGAGCGGCGCUCGCCCAAGGGCAUCAAGGGCGCGUCCGCGUCGCCGCCCAAGUUCAGCAAGAGACCGGCCGCGGCCAAACACCUGCACCCUGAAGACCUCGGUCACCACGGCAACGCCAGAGAAGACAGAGCCGCUCCCAAGAACGCAGAACCACGAAGGCCCAAACGUUCUCACGAAGAGAGAGCUGCAGAACAGAGAGACGCCUACUCCGCAAGAGAACCACCCGAGACCAAGGAGAACAGCAAGAGGUGGAGGAGUGGAUGGGAGGACAAACAUCCUAAACAUCCCGAUGAGUCUCCCCCCUCCAAGCCCAGCACCCCGCGGGUGAAGCCCUGGAACCCCACGCAGAGAUCUACGCCGUCCCGCCAGAGACAGAACCGCCUGAGCGUCGACGCCAACCUGCACAUCCCCGACGUGCUUAACUCCGCAAGUAAAGCUGAUCUGCUGAAGAAGGCGAGCAAGAGGCACGCGGAGGGGGAAAUCACCAGCGAAGAGUUCCUCAAUGUGGCCCACCAAAUCAGACAGCUUUUCCAGUACCAAGAGGAAAAGCAGAGAACUAGUUGUUGGGAUUCAAGUGAUGAUGGCCAGUGUCCCUCCAAAGACAGAAAAGACACGAACACACACCCCCCGAUGGGUAAUCUAUCUGCAGAGCAGUUAUACCUUGAGCACAAAUCUAAACUAGUCAGAACGCGAGUGCAGCGACAAGCGGAAAGAAACCGAAUGCUGUCUGCUCUCGAGGACCCAGAGCCACUCCGGCGCGCCAUGGACGACCCUCAGGACCUGUUCUCCAGACACGAGGGGCCGAGGAAAAGCGACCGCUCCCUGCCCCCCUCGGCCCACGCGGCCAGGAACUCGCCGAGCCCCGGGCAUCUGGAGGAGUACCCGCGCCACUCGCCCGCGCCACCCUACGCCCGCUCCUCUCCGCUCGCCGUGGAGAUGCAGGAGGACCCGGCGGGCGAGCUGAGCCCCAUCCCGCGCUUCGAGAGCCCCAACAGCGUCCACUCUGACGAGGGCGUCGAGGUGGACCCUCCGCUGCUGCCCCCCUCUAGACCCGGACGUGGCGCGGCUGCGGGCCGGAUGCCCAGUGAACCCGCCGGCUCGGCGCCGCUGCAUCUCCCGGACGACGGCAGCGCCGGCGCUCCUCCCAGCAUGCCUCGCCACGACAGCCCUGCCGCCGCACCGCGCUUCGACGGCCACAAGGGGGCGCCUCCGUACGACGGGCCGCCGCGCUCAGAGGCGCCGCCGCCCAGAACGCACCCGCAGAGCGCCUACGAGGGGAACCCCGGCGCCAAGAGGUACGACGGGCCCCCCAACCCGCGCUUCGACGGCCACGGCCGAUACGAGCCCAACUACGGCCCGCGCUUUGAUGGCCCGCCGCAGCACGACAAGCGCUUUGAGGGGGCGGGCAGAUAUGACGGACCCAUGCCUCACCGGCCAAUGAGGUUCGAGGGGCCCCACCCCCAGCAGGGCUUCGGCCGGUUCGAGCGGCCCGGCGGUCAUAACCGGUUCGAGGGCCCCGCGUCGGGCCCCGGUCCCAGCCGCUUCGACGGGCCCAUGCAGCCCAGCCGCUUUGAGGGGCCGCCACGCUUCAGCAGCCCCCACCUGCAGCAGGGCCCCAUGAGCUUCCCCCCCCACGGCAGCGUGGGAUACGACGGGCCCCCCAGCCAGCCCGGGCCCAUGCGCUUCGACGGCCCCGGCGGCAACCAGCCCUCCGGAAUGUGCUUUGAGAACCCUACCGGCCCGCCCGGACCAAUCCGGUUCGAGGGGCAGCCCCAGGGGAUGCCCAGACUGGAGUGCCCCCCACCGCCGGGCCCCCCCCGAUACUUCGCCCCCCAGAACCAGAUGCGGCCGCAGGGCCAGCCCAUGUUCAGCCUGCCGCAGGGCCCCGGGCCGAUGGUGCAGCAGCCCGCCAACUUCAGCAUGACCAGCCGCUUCCCAGAGCCCUUCGGCGGGAACGCCCAGCCGUUCCUGGGCCCGCAGAACGUUCCUCAAGGACCAAACUUCAACGUGCCACAAGUCCCCACCUCCGCAGGGUUCCCCAACUCCUUCAGGCCCGUGGGCCCCUACCAGGGACCUCCCGUGGGAACCCUGCAGCAGCCUAUGAGCCUGCUGUCCAACCUCAGUCAGCCAUUCAUGCCACAGAACCCAGUGCCUUUCAGUCAACCAAAUGCUCAGUUUGGGCAGCCAGACAACCACCUGGGCCAGAUGGACGUAAACGAGCUGCUGGCCAAACUCCUCUCCAACGGCAUCAUCAAGCCCGCCACCACAGACGCAUCUCAGACAGAAUCUGCUGCAGCGCCUUCAUCUCCGGGAGUGGUGGAGGAAGAGGAGGAAGAGGAGCAGGAUGACGACGACCUCCCAGACCUGACGAGCUUCUCGCUGGACGACAUGAAGCAGAGGUACGAUAGUGUGGUGACCAAGCUGUACACGGGCAUCCAGUGCUACUCGUGUGGCAUGCGCUUCACGUCGUCGCAGACGGACAUCUACGCCGACCACCUGGACUGGCACUACCGGCAGAACCGCUCCGAGAAGGACAUCAGCAAGAAGGUCACGCACCGGAGGUGGUACUACAGCCUCACGGACUGGAUCGAGUUUGAGGAGAUUGCGGACCUGGAGGAGCGGGCCAAGAGCCAGUUCUUUGAGAAGGUGUACGAGGAGGUCGUGCAGAAGACUCAGGAGGCGGCCAAGGAGAAGGAGUUCCAGAGUGUGAAAGCUGCAGCUGAUGUGGUUGAUGAGACUUGUGAGAUCUGCCAGGAGCAGUUUGAGACGUACUGGGAGGAGGAUGAAGAGGAGUGGCAUCUGAAAGACGCAAUCAGAGUUGAUGACAAGACAUAUCAUCCAUCAUGUUACGACGACUACAAAAAUACGUCUUCGUUCGGGGAGUGUACUCCUUCCCCCAACAAGGUGCUAACAGAGAACCCCUUAAAUGCUCUGGUUAAGCAAGAGGAGGCCGAGGAGCCGUGCCGGUUCAGCAGUGUUAAGCAGGAGCCCGAGGCCGAGGGCUCAGACGCUCAGGUGGCGCAGGAGAAUGACGUAAAGGUUAAGUUGGAAGAAUGCUGCUUCCCCCCUCUCUGAGUGGUUGCUUAUUUAACGGUGUGAAAGAACAGAGAGAGCCUAUUUCCGUACUUGACAGUCCUGAGGCAGUGUGCCCCAGUAAAGCAUACUCUAAAUACAUUUUUGUAUUUGAAAUUGCCUGCAACAUUCAGGUGUUUUUUGCUGUGUGAAUGCUUAUGAGAAAAAUAAGGUGUACUUUGGAGAAUUGUGUACAUUUAAUUUAUAAAUAAAGAUAUUUUUGUUAUUUUUGUGUAUUAUUAAUAAAUGGGAACACAAGAAUUCUUGUUGACUAGAUCAAAGGGUGUUUUCUCCUGAACGUGCACAUGUAAUUCUUCAAAACCAAUGGCUAGAUGUGGCAAAUAUUUUUGACUACUAAUCUAUUAAUGUUCUGGAGAAAAUGCUAUGGAUAAUUUAUUGAUUAAAAUGGUUCGGCGCAAACAAUUUUACAUGAGCUUUGAUUUGUAAAUAAAAUUCAUCUCAUGACAUGUGGGUUUACAUGUCUCAAGCCUGGUUUCGUCACUUUUUGUUGAAUUUAAAAAAUAAUAAUAAAAGGAAAAAAAGAUGAAAAAAUAAAUACUUUUUUAUGACUGGGCAGAUCUUUUUAGGUUUUUAUUUUGGGAAGAUUGCUUUUUGUUGCAGAGUAUUCAAUAAAUCCAGUUUGAAAAUGGUACAUGUUUGGAAAGUGUUUUGUGUGCUUAUUGGUCGUCAGUGACAUUAUAUUGACUUCUUCUCCUUUGCAGAAUUUAAAUAAAAUUGAUUAAACGUACAA